GAGAAGAGGAGGAGGAAGGAGGAAAAGGAGGAGAGAAGCCUCGCCUCCGGGAGCAGGACUUCUCCUAGGUUUGGGAAGAGGUCCCAAGGCAUUGGGGCCGCUGGACGUCGGAUCUUGGGAGGAAGAGAGGACCCUCCAGGCCUCGGGAGGAAGCCCUUAGGAGGGAAGGGGCUCCCUGGCUGGCUCAGCCCGGGCAUGGCCGAGAAAAGGAGAGCCUCGCCGUGCCCCAUGCUCAGCCUCAAGGCCCACGCCUUCUCCGUGGAGGCCCUCAUCGGGGCCGAGAAGCAGCAGCAGCAGCAGCAGCAGAAGCGGAGGAAGGUGGCCGAAGCGGCGGCGGCGGCUGGAGAAGGGCUCGGGUCCGGUCUCGGCCCCGCCACCAGCAGCAGCAGCGAAGGCCCCGAGCCCAGCCUGGCCUUGCCGCCCGGAGCGGAGACCCCCUCGGCCUUGGCCCGAGCCAUCCUCAGCCCCGGUGGCUGUGAGGAGGAGGCUUUCCUGAGCGCCACCUCUCCCCCGUUGUCUCCCGGAGGCGGAGGGGUUCCGUCCAAGCCCGCUCCCUCCCGGCCGGCGUCUCCCCUCCUGGCUCCGCCGGUGCCCCGCGUGGACCUCCAAGGCGCCGAACUCUGGAAGCGCUUCCACGAAAUCGGCACCGAGAUGAUCAUCACCAAAGCGGGAAGACGGAUGUUUCCUGCAAUGAGAGUGAAAAUUUCAGGCUUGGACCCUCAUCAGCAAUAUUACAUUGCCAUGGAUAUCGUCCCGGUGGACAACAAAAGAUACAGGUAUGUCUAUCAUAGUUCCAAAUGGAUGGUAGCUGGCAAUGCUGACUCGCCUGUGCCUCCCCGGGUAUAUAUUCACCCAGAUUCACCCGCCUCUGGAGAGACUUGGAUGAGGCAAGUCAUUAGCUUUGACAAACUGAAACUUACAAACAAUGAACUGGAUGACCAGGGCCAUAUUAUUCUUCAUUCUAUGCACAAAUACCAACCACGUGUGCAUGUUAUUCGGAAAGACUGUGGGGAUGAUCUUUCUUCUGUCAAACCAAUUCCUUCAGGAGAAGGAGUGAAGGCCUUCUCCUUUCCUGAAACUGUUUUCACAACUGUUACAGCGUACCAAAACCAACAGAUCACUCGACUCAAGAUUGAUAGAAAUCCAUUUGCCAAAGGAUUUCGAGAUUCAGGACGUAACAGGAUGGGAUUGGAAGCUUUAGUAGAGUCUUACGCAUUCUGGAGACCUUCACUGAGGACACUUACAUUUGAAGAUAUACCUGGGAUUGCAAAACAAGGAAAUGCUGGAUCCCCCACUUUGCUCCAGGGUUCUGGAAAUGGAGUACCAACCACUCAUUCCCACCUUCUUCCUGGAUCUCCUUGUUCUUCUCCAGCCUUUCACCUUGCUCCCAACACCAGCCAGCUCUGUAGCCUCGCUCCAGCUGAUUACACAGCUUGUGCCCGCUCAGGUCUAGCCCUUAACAGAUACAGCACUUCCUUGGCUGAAACAUACAACAGGCUUACAAACCAAACCACUGAGACCUUUGCAACUCCAAGGACUCCCUCAUAUGUUGGUGUGUCAAGUGGUUCAUCUGUGAACAUGCCUGUGACAGGCAGUGAUGGUGAUGGAUUCAGCUGUUCCCAGGCAGGCUUAUCAAUGCAGAUUUCGGGGAUGUCUCCACAGCUCCAGUAUAUUAUGCCUUCCCCAUCCAACAAUGCCUUUGCUACAAAUCAAACCCACCAGAGCUCCUACAACACUUUUAGGCUGCACAGCCCUUGUGCUCUCUAUGGAUACAACUUCUCCACAUCCCCCAAACUGGCUGCCAGUCCUGAGAAAAUUGUUUCUUCCCAAGGAAGUUUCUUGGGGUCUUCGCCAAGUGGAACCAUGACCGAUCGGCAGAUGUUGCCCCCUGUAGAAGGAGUGCACUUACUUAGCAGCGGGGGACAGCAGAAUUUCUUUGACUCUAGGACCCUAGGAAGCUUAACACUGUCAUCAUCUCAAGUAUCUGCACAUAUGGUUUGAUAAAGCCUUUGUAAAAUGAAAAAAGUAGAGAGAAUGUGAGUUCUUCCAAUGUAUUCCUUUGGGGGAUAAUGCUAAAGGAGAUUUAUGUACCUUAUAAGGUGUUUAUGGUUGUUGUUAUCAUUAUUAUUAUUAUUUUAAUUAAAUCACCAGAGGAAGUUGGACUGAAUAUUUUGACUUGCCUGUGGGCAGAUAUUUGAAUAUGCUCUCAUCUUCUGAGUUAAGCCUCGUUUGUUUGCAGAGCUGCCCAUUUAGUCUCCUGGUAGUGUACAAUUCAUUUUAUAACACAUUGGGCCAUAUGCAACAAAU